ACUGCUCAAGAUAUACGACAAAGCUCUUUACUCAAAAACAUCAUGAAGUGCUUGAUUUGCUCUUUGGUUUUUCUAACUCUUGGUCCAUUCUGUGUCCGGGCUGAGGUGCAGCUGGUCCAGUCUGGACCAGGAGUAGUGAAGCCUGGAGAGACCCUCAGCUUGACAUGCACAGUCUCAUUUUCUGAUGCUAGUAAAAGAAUUGGUGAUUAUUAUUGGCACUGGGUGCGGCAGCCUCCUGGGAAAGUCCUGGAAUGGAUGGGACGUAUUGACCCAGAAGACGACAGCACAGUUUACGCUCCAGCAUUCCAACCCCGCAUAAGCAUCUCAGCCGAUUCUUCCACGAAUAAAAUCCACAUUCAGCUGACCUCCUCGACAGCUGCAGACACGGCCACAUAUUACUGUGCUAGAGAGACACACCCUGGACUGCAGUGCAAAUCCCCUUCAUGCAAAUCCCCAGACAAACUCCUCCUCUUUAAAUACCAGCAUCCAAAGUCACUCUGUGCUUCGGCUGUGUCCAUUUCACUUGGUAGGAAAGAAAGAGUGGACAAGAAGGGGGAAGAGAUGGGAUCCGUUCUGAUUCUUCUGAUUCUAUUGGGCAUGGCACCAGAUCUCUCCUCCAGCCUCCAACUCACUGAGUCUGGCCCAGGAACGGUAAAGCCGGGAGAAUCCUUCAAGCUGACCUGUGCUGUCUCCGGUGCUCAAGUCAAUGGCAAUUACUGGGACUGGAUCCGCCAGCCACCCGGGAAAGGCUUGUUAUGGAUAGGACGGAUCAGCAGCUCCGGUGGUACUAAAUAUAAUCCGGCAUUCAGCAGCCGAAUGAGCAUCACCAGGGACACCUCUAGGAAUGAAGUCUACCUCCAACUGAGCUCCCUGAGAGCUGCAGACACUGCAACAUAUUAUUGUGCGAGAGACACAGAGGAGCAAAGCAGUGGAGCGUCCAGGCAGAAACCACGCUCAGACUCCACCACCCACAGAGAAGUUUUGUUCUCCCUGGCAGGCCCCUCCUGCUUAAAUAGCAUCAUCCUCUAUACCUCUACGGUGGGGCUGUCUCCUCCUUCUGCUAUUAGCUGGAACCGGGAGCUCCCAGAGAUAGGCCUGAAGCGGCUGGGAGACAUUCGAAAUGCUGCAGCUGGAGGAACCAGCGACUACAAUUAA